UUUCACAAUCUUAUAAUUUAGGAAAAAAAGUCAACACACGAUGACCAGUUACACGGAUAAGGGACCGAAGCCAGAAGGGGGGAAAUUUCUUAACUUCGAUCACUUGACGUUUUGGGUCGGUAAUGCAAAGCAGGCGGCUAGCUUCUACUGUGCGAGAAUGGGGUUUGAACCCGUGGGCUACCGUGGUUUGGAGACUGGCACACGGGACAAAGCAUCGCACGCAGUCAGACAAAAUAAGAUUGUCUUCGUAUUCGAGUCAGCCUACGAGCCUGACAACGAGGAAAUGGCGGUUCAGCUUACUCGGCACGGCGACGGAGUUCAUGAUGUGGCCUUUACCGUUGAAGACAUCUACACCAUCGUCAAGAUCGCAAGGGAGCAUGGCGCAAGAAUCGUGCGUGAUGUGUGGGAAGAACAAGACGAAUUUGGCAUCGUCCGGUUUGCCACUGUUCAGACUUAUGGAGAUACGCAACAUACGUUUGUGGACCGAAGUAACUACACGGGCCCAUUCCUUCCCGGGUUCAAGACCACAAAGAAAGAUCCAAUUGUAGCACUCCUGCCGCCUAUUAAACUAAAUUUUAUUGAUCACGUUGUUGGAAAUCAACCAGAUAAUGAGAUGGAAAAUGUUGCAAAAUGGUAUGAACAGUGUCUACAGUUCCAUAGAUUUUGGUCAGUGGAUGACACGCAACUGCACACUGAGUAUUCGGCGCUCAGAUCUAUAGUCUUAACAAACUGGGAAGAGACUGUAAAAAUGCCGAUCAAUGAACCAGCACCAGGAAAAAAACGAUCUCAGAUUCAAGAAUUCGUUGAAUAUUACGGAGGAGCUGGUGUUCAGCACAUAGCUCUGAAUACCAGUGACAUAAUUGCAGCCAUUGAAAACCUGCGUACCCGAGGUAUGGAAUUCCUCGAUGUGCCAGAUAGCUACUACGAAAUGUUGAGGGAUCGUCUUAAAAAUAGCCGCGUACAAAUUACAGAGGACUUGAGUAUACUGCAGAAAUUGAAGAUUCUUAUCGACUACGAUGACGAUGGUUACCUACUUCAAAUAUUUACAAAAAAUAUGCAGGAUAGACCAACACUUUUUAUAGAAGUAAUUCAGCGACACAACCAUAACGGAUUCGGUGCUGGGAACUUCCAAGCAUUAUUUGAAGCUAUUGAAGUUGAACAAGCAAAACGUGGCAACCUCUAAAACUUCAAAAAAGUUCGAACAAUAUUCAAUAAUAGUUAAUUAUUGAAAUGCCAUUUCUAGUACGUAGCUUUUAUCAUUAAGUUAUAUUUUAUAAGCUAUAUAGCACUUUGAUAAUAAACUGAAUGCUUUUGACGCGA